UUUAGUUAUUUUAAGUUAUUUAUAGUUUUAGGUGGCAUGACUGUGUAAUUUUAGUUUGAAUGACAUUUGUAAAUAAUUAUUUGACAGUUGUCAAAAAACUCAGAGUAAGAAAUAGCAUGUUCUUGAUUCUCUUUUUUAGAUGAAUUCAUACGGCUAUCUCUUACACGAAUAAGAAGUAUGAAACUACACUUAUAAAUCAAGAACUUAAGCUGACCAAGCCAAAAUAGUGAUAAAAAUAGAUUUUCAAACCGUUAUUUGUACAAAUUAAGGAUGAAUAUUACAUCAAUGAAAAUUUGUAUUGCUAUAGAAGCAAGCAGUACUGAUAGUAAGAAGAAUGUAUGUAAAUUUAAGUGGUUGCAGCCAACACAGUCACCUUUCUAUUAUGAAAUGCCUGCUGAAAAGCAACUUCAAGAUUAUCAUUCUGAACUAUUUCGUCUGAAAAAAGUAAAAAAUGUUUUAGCAUCCAUGAAAUCAAGAGGAUGCUUUAGAACAUGUACCAUUUUAUUAGAUGAUAAUUUGAAAGUGAUUUAUUUUGAUUCAGAUGGUGAUGUGGUUUAUCAAAAUGAGUACCUACAACAGACCUUAUUACCAGUGUAUGAGAAGAAAGAAGCGAUUGAACAAUCUCCACCAUUAGUCGAGUUGCUCCAGAAACUUGGUGAUACUAGUAUACCUAAAGUUGAAAAGAAAAAUUACAAAAAAAUAAAAGAUGAUUUCGUACUUCGAAAUUUUGAUGGUAAAAAUGUUCCAAUGAAUUCAUGGCUCAAGACCUUCGAAUCAGAAUGUUCGCGAUGUGAGGUGGAUGCUGAUAAAGACAAGAUUUUGAUUCUACGUCUGUUUCUUGAUGGAAUAGCAAAGGAAUGGUUUGAAUCAAAAAUAAUAACAUUAGGCUUAGAUAACAGUUUUGAGGUAUGGAAAGUUAAUUUUUUAGAUAGUUUUUGUCAAACAGGUUGGGAUAAUCAUAGAAAAGCUUAUUCUUUUAAGUAUGUAGGUGGUAGUCUUGUUGAUUAUGCAUUUCGCAAAGAAAAUUUAUUGCUAAAUAUCAAAAAUGAUUUUCCUAUUGAUAUAUUAAUCGAUUUAAUUGUGACAAAUUUGCCAAUUCAUAUACAAAAUAAUAUUAAUAGAGCUGAGGUUACAACAAUGGAAAAAUUGAUAGGUGAGUUACGAAAGUUGGAGAGUUCAGUUAUAAGCAAAAAAAAAAUCGGAGACAAACCCAAAUUUUGUACAAAUACCUACCAAAUUAAAUACAAUAAUACCAAAAGAAAAAAAUAGUUGUCAAUAUUGUGAUAAAAAAGGAUUCCCUGGGAGGUUUCAUCCAGAGGCAAUGUGUCGUUUAAAGCAAAAAGAUAGAAGGACAAUACAAGAAAACAAAUCAAAUGAUAUUCAAUAUGUUAAUAAUAUUGCUAUACAGGAGACAUUAAAUGAAACGGUAACCGACCAAAAAAACUGAAUUUGCUGCCAUUGAUCAAAUUAAAAGUAUUCCUAAAUAAUAGAGAAUUAUGUGGAAUCUAUGACCCAGGUUCAAAUGUUACUCUUCUGAAUUCGAAGGUAGCAGGUAAGUUGGGAUUAGUUAUUCAUGAAGAUAGGAAUAUGUUUAAAACGAUAAAUGGCAGAACAAAUUUUACAGGAAAACUAAUUGCAAAAAUGAAAAUUAAUAAAAUUGAGAAAAAUGUUAAUCUUUUUGUAAUUAAUGAUGAAUAUUUCGAGUAUGAUAUUCUACUUGGAUUGGAUUCUAUUUUGAAUUUUCAAAUGAAACAAGAUUUUGAUUUAGAAAUUUAUCAAA